AUGCUGGCGUCAAAGGCCCCAUACUCGACCCCAUUGGGUGUGCCAUCGUCCCAAACCCCGACAACGUCAUACCACACCGGUCCUCAGAAAUCGGCCAUCUUCGCCAAUUCUCAGGACGGUGCCUUGUUUACCAGCCCCACGGAGUCGGAGUUUUCGGGUGGACAUGACGGCCUUGAUGCUGUUCGGUCCUGGGACGAGAAACAGGUGGUUGCCUGGCUGCACAGCAUAAACUGCGGCCAAUAUGAACCCUUGUUCAGAGCAAAUAACUUCAACGGCAACAAUCUAAUCGAAUGCGAUCAAAAAAUCCUUCAAGAAAUGGGAGUGAAGAAAAUUGGCGAUCGAGUCCGGAUCUUCGUUGCCAUUAAGCAGCUUCGAAACAAGUCGGUUGCGAAUCGUAAGCAACGAAACUUGAACCAACUGGCUUCCCUGGAAGCUUCUACCUACGCGCCUACCCAUGAUUCUUCUCGCCAGCCCCUUCGACAACACACCCUAAACAAUCGCCGAUUAUCUCGAACCGCCGAUACUGGUCUCCAUGCGCAUGCAUCCGGUAGAUCAUCGUCUCGUCCAGGGUCUCCUCUGCGAGCUCAUCGAUAUGUAGCCGGCAGCCCGAUGGACAGUAGCCGAAAGGACCAAGGUCAGGGCUAUUUCAGUCAUCCGUCGUCUGGCGGUUCGACCUCCGGCCGCAACCCAGGAACCCCUGGCGAGACAGGACAUGUUCACAGGAGUGCCUCCCAUCUAAGACAGAACCCUAGCUUGGACGGCUUGAUGGGUUCCCUGCCCACAAACUCGCCGGUCAUCCGCAUCAUCUACACGGGGGGGCAGACCAAGGUCUUGAACAUUAAACACUGCAAGACUGCCGAUGAGGUUAUCCUCUGUGUUCUGAAGAAACUGCAGCUUCCGGAGCACCAAUAUCGGAACUAUUGCUUCUAUGUUUUGGACGGCCUGGAGCCGAAUCCGUCUAACUGCCGGAGACUCGGGGAUCAUGAACUUAUGGAAAUCUGUGAGGGCUCGCACAGAUCCGAGCGGAGUCGUCUCAUCUUACGGAAAAUCCAUGCCGGAGAACCCGAUAGCGACGAGCUUCGUCGCGCGUCCCAGCUUGCCAUGGAUGAAAGCCAAGUGACCCACCUCAACGCCUUGAAUAGCUCCAACAUGCGCAAUCAGCUCAAAAUCCAACAACUUACCGGCGAAUCCUGGCACAAUAUCAAGCAACCCAUGUCGCCCGUAUCCACCCGUCACCACCAAAAUCCAAGCGAUCCAGAGCUACAACUCUUGAACGCGGAGCGUCACCCUGUGUCCAAGUUGCGGUCAUUCUUCGGUGCCCGACCGCCUAGCGAGAUGAUCAUUCAUGAGAUCGCCUCGUAUUUCCCUAGUCACCACCGCGAAGACAUUGAGAAGACGAUGCGAAUGUCGGUGCGCAGGUCCCAACGGUUGAGUCGAGCAGCAAGUCGGAUGAGCGUCGUCAGCAAUACAAGCUACGCGUCGAGUCUCAGAGACGCGCCCCCAAUUCCCAGCAUUGCCGAUACCUGGCUCAACCCUGGAGCGCAGCCUACUCGGGCCUCGAGACCACUCUCGGUGUCGAAGUUUAGCCUUCCCCAAACGGCGUACCGGGACUCCAUCGCAUCUAGUUCCCUGCAGCCGCUCCAGGAGGAAUCUCCCAUCGAGCCGAAUCGGAAAUCGUACGUUUCAUUCGAUAGCGGCUCUGAUGACCCCGGCAAUUCUCGCCAGAGUUUGCUGGACGAGAAUGCUAGCGUGGCCGCGACCGAUGGAGGCUCUUUCAAUGAGCGACUGAGUGUCCUUGUGGCUGACGACGGGGAAGAAGAGGACGAUGGCCUUAAUGACUUCUUGGCCGGAAACAACUUUGCCCCCAAGAAUUGGAUGAAGGGAUCCCUGAUCGGUGAGGGGUCGUUUGGCAGCGUGUUCCUGGCCUUGCACUCUAUCACUGGAGAGCUGAUGGCUGUCAAACAAGUAGAAAUUCCAUCAGCAACCAAGGGCACUGAGUUUGACAAAAGGAAAAACAGCAUGGUCACCGCACUCAAGCAUGAGAUCGAACUCCUGCAGGGGAUGCAUCAUCCUAACAUUGUCCAGUACUUGGGUACUUCAGCCGACGACCAGUACCUGAAUAUUUUCUUGGAGUAUGUUCCGGGAGGCUCCAUUGCCACGAUGCUGAAGCAAUACAACACCUUCCAGGAGCCCUUGAUUAAGAAUUUCGUGAGGCAAAUUUUGUCCGGACUUUCCUACCUCCAUAGCCAAGAUAUCAUACAUCGUGACAUCAAGGGUGCCAAUAUUCUCGUCGAUAACAAGGGCGGCAUCAAAAUCUCUGAUUUUGGUAUCUCCAAGCGAGUGGAGGCUUCUACGGUCCUCGGUUCUCGGGCCAGUGGCACCGGGGCCGGCCAUUUGCAUCGCCCCUCGUUGCAGGGCAGUGUAUACUGGAUGGCUCCGGAAGUUGUUCGACAGACGGCUCAUACCAAGAAGGCUGACAUCUGGAGUCUGGGCUGUCUCGUCGUGGAGAUGUUCAUAGGCGCUCACCCCUUCCCGGAUUGUAGUCAACUGCAGGCCAUUUUCGCCAUCGGCAGCAACAAGGCGAGACCUCCCGCCCCGGAGCAUGCCAGCGAUGACGCCGUCGCCUUCUUGGACAUGACCUUCCAAGUUGACUACGAGCAGAGGCCGAGCGCGGAUGAGUUGCUGAAAUGCCAGUUUUUGACCGCGCCCCUUGCCUGA